AUGGCUGACCUAUUUAACACUUUUUUCACAUCUCUCAUAGCAGGAGGGUGUGCAGGAUGUGCAGUAGAUUUAGUCUUGUUUCCAUUAGAUGCAAUUAAAACCCGCCUAAUGGCAAAUGCAACAGCCAAGCUUGAACUCUCAAAGAUUUACAAAGGCUUAUCUAUGGCAAUGGCAGCGUCAUUUCCAUGUGCAGCUACCUUCUGGGCUAGUUAUUGCUCCAUGAAGUGGAUUUUGGAAAACUACGCAAGCCCAAGCUCUCCAACAAUGCUUCAUUUCUUAUCAGCAAUCUUUGGAAGCGCUUGUACAGCUUGUGUUAGAAAUCCUUUUGAAGUCGUGAAAAGUUUGAUGCAAGUGGGUGCUUAUAAGUCAGUUCAGAGUGCGUCACAAGGAAUUCUUAAGACAAAAGGACCGUCUGGCUUUUAUGUAGGAUUAUUAUCACUGAUAUAUAGAGAAAUCCCAUUUGAUGCGAUGCAAAUGAUCAUUUAUGAGUACUUGAAGGGCUCUGACUAUGGCGGGAGCGAACUAAGCUUGUAUAGGCAUUUGAUUAAUGGAGCAGUUGCUGGGGGAUUUUCAGCCUUUGUAACAACUCCGAUUGAUGUGGCGAAAGUGAGGAUACAGACAGAUAAAGGUGAAGGAAAAUAUAGAUCCUUCUUACAAACUAUUAAGCUAAUAUACAAAACUGAAGGUCUUCCAGCAUUGUGGAGCUCUUGGAAGAUCAGGGUAAUUUAUAUUACUGUAGGAGGUAUGAUGUUUUUUGGGACAUAUGAAGCUGUAAAAGCAGAAAUGGCAAUACAAGUAUAA